AAAAAAGAUUGAACUCAUAAAAAAUUCCAAAUGAGUGAUUCCUGCGCUCUGCAACAGCAAUCGUCACUAUUUUUAGGCCUCACUGGGGGAAAUAAAAAUCUCGGGGUUCCCCUUCUCUCGGCUACGGCAAUGUGCCGAUAGGGCCGAGUCAUAGGUUCAGUAUAGGGUCUGCGCGCUCGCCGAAUGCCGCCACCGCGGCCUAUAUUUACGCGUGGCUUUCCCGAUGAUGUCAUGACGUUUGGCAGUAGCUAGUGAUUGUGACUGGUUUUAGAGACAUAAGUAUCAGCCCGGUAGAAUGGAGGGACGAGGACACUGGAGAUAAGGGCGAUGCCGAUUAUGCUGAAUGCACGCCUCGACGAAUGGAGUUGCAGACUGUGAAUCAAGACGAGAAUAGCAGGGUCAAUGCAUCAAUGGAACCAUCCGAAGAAGCAACUCGUAAACUCCUUGAGCGUGAACUCCGAUUGUUGGAUCCGCGGGACCUGCGAUCGCAUGCAUGGUAUCACGGGAGUACAUUGAGACACGGGAGAAAGGGAGCAGAAGCUGAGGUACCAAACGAUGGUGACUUUUUGGUGCGAGACUGCGCCUCGCAACCGGGGAAUUACGUUCUGACGGUGCGAUGGAAGGGCCAACCUCUGCACUUUGUCAUCAAUAAGGUCGUACUCCAACCAGAGACAGUCUACGAGAGGGCUCAAUACCAAUUCGAGGACGAGGCAUUCGACACAGUCGCCGACCUCAUAACGUUCUACGUCGGCAGUGGCCGGCCAAUCAGCCAAGCGAGCGGGGCUCGUAUAAUCAGUCCCAAGCCCAGAUCAAUCCCGAUUACCUGCCUAGCAUCCACCACCAACCUAAGUUGCUCAAGUCCCUCGGCAACCUGCUCGCCGCCCCGUCUCCCGCGGAAACAACAGCGGAGUCAGUCCCUAAUACCUCAACAGCAGUUCAACCCGGAGAAUGAUCAACAUCAAUUCCGAUCGCCACCGAAUCAUCUGGUGCAAUCAAGCACCCUCCCCCGAGCUCCGCCAGUGCAGAAUCAGCUGUCGUCCGGGUCCUUCUCCCUGGGACGCCAAAAGAUCACUCGGGUAAUAUCAGAUCCAGCGCUUCAGCACCAAAUGCAGAAUAGCCUUAAUCACCAGUCAUCGCCGGCACCACCGAAACCCCCCCGCGUACCGUACAUAGCUAAUCAACAAGCGCACUCUCAUCUGCAUCAUCACCCGCAUCAUCAUCAUCCUCAUUACCAUCAUCAUCAUCAUCAGGCAUAUCCAGCAUCUGGCAGUGACAGCGGCAACGGCUCCGGCGACAGCGAAUUCGAGGGAAACAAUUCCGGCGGAACAAAUCCCCCGAUUCCAAUAAAAGGUGUCAUAAUCCGAAGUCACUACGGCUUAUCGAACGACGGACACAAUGGCAACAGCAGCGACUACGAGUUAUCGGCAGAAGAGCAGCUGGUGGUAGCAGCACCGUCUUUCGAAAUACUGAGCCUGCUAGAUAUGGAAGGUUUCUCCACUCUACUACUACCCGCGAACGAUCAUCGACCGCUGGACCCGACAGCUCUGAGAGGUGUCUCUGGGAUGCUGCACGACUCAGCCCCGCGAAUUUUAGCUUCCCACCUGACGCGUCUCGAUCUGGAGCUGAUCCUUCAGCCAGGAAUGGGAAACAGAUUCGGCCUGAGUGGACUGGAGUUGGCAACGCUGCCACAUGGUCGGCAAGCUCGACUGGACCUCAUCGAGAGGUCAGAGUGCAUCAAGCUGCUGGUGGCUGUGACCAUCCUCGCUGGGACGACGGCCCUUGAGCGAGCAUCCACGAUAAGCAAAUGGAUAAAAGUCGCUAUCGACACUAAGACAGCUCUCGGAAAUCUUUACGGCUUCUGCGGGGUCAUGCUGGGCCUCUGUCUACCUCAAAUUCAGAGGCUGGCUAAUACCUGGCAUCUUCUGAGGCAGAAGCACACGGACGAGGCGUUCAAUUUCGAGGCUAAACUCAGACCCACUCUCAGAGCUAUGAAUGAAUGCACUAAUCCACAGGCGCCUAAUACAACUCUACCACAUCUACUUCCUAUUGCAUUGCUUGGCGAACGUGGUCUUGAUGACGUCUUAGGCACUGUGGCAACAUCAGGCCUCGUCGCUGCCAUUCUCUCGUCGUGGGAGAAUUCAGCCCCCGAUUGCGGCCUAUCAAUAGUCUGGGCGCAUCUCGAAGCUGCCCGAAAGUUGACUGAAAGUUUACCCCUCUUUCGCAGAAAUGCGGAAAUUGCGCUCGAGGGGUCGAGAAGUGAUGAGCUUUUACUAGACGCAUUUCGUACGGAAUUUCAUAUUAAGUUUUUGUGGGGCAGCCGCGGCGCUGCGGUCGCACCGGAAGAGAGACACCUCAAGUUCACUCAAGUUCUUGACGCCAUGUUCGAGAAGUGCACGACCAGUGAGGCUGCUGCGUAAGAGGUAUUGACAGGUUUUAUGAGGCAGGAGUAUAUACGAUUGUACGAGGGUAAUCAUUGAAAUCAAACUAUACGCGUAAUAGGGAAUUCCAGUCAUUUACAUUAUGGAUGAUAUCACUAGUGUAGGGGAAGUAACGACGUAUCGAGAGAGACAAUAUGAUGAGCGGAUCCAAAGAAUCCCAGUGAUCGUGGGGGUGAAAUUUCGGCUGUACUAAUUAUUAUGUACUUAAAUCAUUGUAUAUUCUAUUAAUCACAUGUAUACACGUUGUUCAUAUUUGUUUAACGUAAGUAGGGAAUAUUAUAAUGAAGUGGAGAGAUAAUAUACACAUGUGAAAGCAAA